AUGGUCCGUCUACUUCUGUCGAUCAAAGCUGAACUGGAAAACGUCACGGAUCUCAUUCCGAGUUCGGAUAACUUUGAAUACUUCUUCGAGGUCAAGUGCACGAGCUGCAAUGAGACUCACCCCAAAUUCGUUGCGUUAAACCGUGUGGAAGAGUACGAGGUCAACUCCGGCAAAGGAAGUACCGCUCAUUUUGUUUGGAGAUGCGGUCUUUGCAAGCGUGAACAUUUCGCCAAGUUUGAAGCUGCAUCGCCGCCGCAAGCGUACAAAGCGGACGCCAAUGGCCAGUUCGCGCCACUCAUCACGGUGGAUUGCAGAGGGCUCGAGUUUACAGGAUUUGAUCCUAGGGGAACAUGGAAGUGCAUAGGUGCAGAAUCCAGGACGGUGUUCAACGAGGUUGACUUGGAGGAGGGCGAAUGGUUCGACUACGAUGAAAAGGCUGCGCUGCCAGUGGGUGUAUCUAAAAUCGAGAGCAAAUGGACGCGUGCGUAAGCAAGAGGAUAGCCUGGUAGAAGUGUACGAGUACAGGAUAUAAUAUAUAAAAC